CAUGCUGGGAUAUCGCUCUACGCCCAAAAUGGCGGCAGGAUUGAAAAGUUGGUGAUGUUUUUACCCCACUUUGAAAACUCCUCAUGUUUGAAUUACCGCGUUUUCUGAAUGUAAAAAAGGUCCCGAUUACUGGGAGACAAUAAAGACUCGCAGUAGAGCUAGUGAUGAAAGCAGACGGAAGUUGAAGUUCGUGAGUAAUCUCCGCUCUUGUGCCUGCCCGGGUCCGGUGUUUUGCUCUCGGGAAAGUGGGGCUGAAUUGUGUAUCGGCGGCGGCGCAGCGAUGCCAGUAACACGGAGAGAUCCGACGCCACAUCCCUUGAAUCCACAAUGACGAGGAUCUUCGGAUAGACAUGGAGGAUGAUGUGAAAAAAGCAAAAAAGCCUGGCAUCGUGUCGCCGUUCAAGCGCGUCUUCCUGAAAGGGGAGAAGGGGCGGGACAAGAAGGCCCCGGAGAAGCUGACGGAACGGCGGGCGCUGCACACGGUCCCGCUGUCCCUGCCGGACCACCGCGUCGACCCCGACAUCCUGCUCAACGACUACAUCGAGAAGGAGGUCAAGUAUUUAGGGCAGCUGACCUCAGUCCCGGGGUACCUGAACCCGUCCAGUCGCACAGAGGUCCUGCAGCUCAUCGACAACGCCAGGAAAUGCCACCAGAUCCCGGGUCAGCUGACGGCGGAGCUGGACGCUGUGGUCAGCCUGUCGGCGUACAACGUGAAGCUGGUGUGGAGGGACGGCGAGGACAUCAUCCUGCGCGUGCCCAUCCACGACAUCGCCGCCGUGUCCUACAUCCGCGACGACUCGCUGCACCUGGUGGUGUUCAAAACGGCCCAGGAGCCGGGGGCGUCGCCGAGCCCCAGUGCCGGUGCAGAGGGGUCUAAGUCCCCAGCGCUGAGCUGCCUGACUGAGACUGGAGCCGUGCUGCUGGAGCUCUGCAGCCUGCUGGUGCUCGCUGUGGAGAACAAGGCUGCUGCUGAGGAGCUGUGUAUGCUCCUGAGUCAGGUCUUCCAGAUCGUUUACACGGAGUCCACCAUCGACUUCUUAGACAGGGCCAUAUUCGAUGGAGCGUCUACUCCCACCAGACACCUCUCACUCUACAGUGAUGAUUCCUCCAGCAAAGUGGAUGUUAAGGAGCCGUUUGAAACGGAAGCGAGUACUCUCUCCUUCCCUGGGUGUCUGGAUGGGGGGGGUAACUCCCCCCCCUCCUCGUCCUCCUCCAACCCGGCGUCUCCUCAGACUAAGACCGUGAGCGAGGGGGAGCUCAGCACCACCGCCGCUGAGCUGCUGCAGGACUACAUGACCACGCUGCGCACCAAGCUGUCCUCUCAGGAGAUCCAGCAGUUCGCCAUGCUGCUGCACGAGUACCGGGACGGCUCCUCCAUCCACGAGUUCUGCAUCAACCUGCGCCAGCUGUACGGCGACAGCAGGAAGUUCCUGCUGCUGGGCCUGAGGCCCUUCAUCCCGGAGAAGGACAGCCAGCACUUCGAGAACUUCCUGGAGACGAUCGGCGUGAAGGAUGGGCGGGGCAUCAUAACGGACAGCUUCGGGCGGUACCGCCGGGCCAUGGGCUCCGCCUCCGGCUCCACCGCCAACGGCAGCCAGGCCGGGGAGGACGGCGAGGAGCGGCUGGCGCCCUCCGGGGGCGACGAGUGGGACCGCAUGAUCUCGGACAUCAGCAACGACAUCGAGGCCUUGGGCUGCAGCAUGGACCAGGACUCCUCCUGAGGGGGGGAUUUACGGGUCAGGAGUCCUCCUAAAAGGGGGGAGGGGGAUUGCUGGACCUGGACUCUCCUCUUAGACGGGGGAUUUAGACUGAAACAUGGCCACCGUUUUCUCCCAAUCUCUGUUGCCGUUUGCAAAGUCGGUGGCUUUGAUUGGCUUAGCACAAUGUGAGAACCCCUUGAGCUGAUGGGCUCGUCAUCUGUCUGCACCUGGCAGGGUCUGCCAGAAAGCACCUGAGUCACGAUGCCUCUGGCAACCCGGUAACUCUGGACAACGCAGGGUAACCUUCAGUAGCGAACCGUGGUGUUAGCCUGCUAGCCUCAGGCUGUGCACUGUUGUGUGUGAGCUCCGUUAUUGCCCCUCCUUAUGGUUAAAAUGCCUCCUCCCGGGGCAGUUCCGGUAAGUAGUUUGCCCCAGAGCGCGCUCUCGUUAUACAUCACACCCAGCUGUGCAGUUUAACGAGCUCUUACCUGCCGCGUCUGCGUGCGAGCCAGAACACAACGGCGGGGGCUUCUAUGGAGCUACGUGAGUAUUUUAAAUGACCGCGUUCCCCUUAGAUCCCCCUUAAGGAGGAUUUCUGUCCUGUAUUCGUGACUGAUGUUGGGAUCUCAGAGACCCAGAGGGGCCUCUGUAGCACGCGUGUGUCUCGUGGCUGAUUUAGGAACCCUUUUGGAAUUGCUGGUCAAUCGAUCAUAAUUUCACCGCAGGACAGAGCGGUCCUGCAGCAGGGCUCGUUGACUGUGGGGCGUCCAUUUUAUGAUUUAACUCGUUUUUUUUCCCAUGAUGGAAGGGCAGCUUUCAGGAAGGUAUUUUUGUAUUUUUUUUUUUUAUUGUCAUUAGUGGUAGCGUUAGUGUUUUGGAUUGGUUACUGAAACACCCCGGUUCCCAGUCAGCCUUAGCCCCACCCAUAUCUCACCAACAGUUCUGAAACAGGAAGUUAGAGUCUUAGGGUGUGUGUACCAAUCAGACAGUGCAGGAGAGGGCUAACCUCGACUGAUUGGCUCUUCCCUCCUGGCUGCUGUUACAGGCUGUGAGGGGAAAAGCCACUUUCAGUCACAUGUCCUAUCAGACGUCCUAUCAGAGUGCAAACUUCAGGCUUUGCCGUGAUUGGACGCCAUUUUGAUUCUUCAAGCGAUGUUUCGAUAUUUGGAAAAUCCAAAACGAUCCAGUAUAGUUGGAAAUUAUCAGUACGUAUGAUCCAGCUGAUGCAAUCCUGUUUACAAUAUACACAUACAGCCAAAAUGUCUGAGUGAUCAUGAGGUCAAGACGGAAACGUAAAUUAUGAUGAUGGCGGUGUCGCUAAAGAGCAAACUGCUGUAAGAUUAUGGACAUAUAAAAAUUUUUUUUGCCAUGAGUGAUAACAAUAUGGAUUUAUCCACGUUGUAUCGAUUGGACCGAAUUGUUGCCCUUUGAACCGAUACAUUGAUCUGGAUUGAUGGAUCACCACACCCCCCAUGUCCUAUUGUCCUAUCCUAGGUCUUGGUGUCCUAUGCUACGUCUUAGUGUCCUGUCUUAUGUCUUAGCAUCCUGUCCUACAUCCAAGUGUCCUACCCUGUGGGCCAUACUGUCUUAGCCCUAUUGGACCUAGGCUGUGAGGUCUGUAGGGUUGGAGCUGACCCCCCAUUUUAAAUUUUAUACAGUGUCCCAAGAACCCUUUAGGAGGACGCAGUGACCCCUGGGUUAUCUGGGGGGAAUGGGGGAGGGGUGAGAAUACCGAGAGUGCCUGUGGUGGGUGGGUGGGGGAAGCAAUAAUGUUAUUUUAGGAAGGAGUUUUUUUUUUUCUUCUUAUCAAUAUAAUAUCCACAAUUCACAAGCAAAACUAUAUAUAUGUAUUUUAUUUUUUAUUUAUAUUGCGAUUUUGAGCAGGCAGAUUUGUAUUGGUGCUGUGGAGAGUGGAGUUCAGUUCUGCAUUAGGAAUGCAGUGCCAUGUGUUACCACCAGGGGGCAGGACCUGCACAUACACGCACAGGCCCCUUACAGUCCUGAGCAUUUCCCUUUGGCCUUUUGUUCACUGAUAUAUAUGAUCUUGUAUAUAUAACCACGCUUUCAUUUAUUUUGAGUUUUUUUCUUUUGUUUUUACUUUUGUUUAGUGUGAUAAAAGAUCUUAUGAUACGCGA